UUAGAGCACUAGCAGACCCUAAACAAAACAGAAGCAGGGACACAAUCGCAGAAUUCGACCCAAAAACUAGGACACAGAGAACGCGCGACCUUUGGCCGCCGACACUGUUUCCGGCCGUGUCUGCCGGCCAAAAUCAUAUUAGUCUCUUCGUCUCUAAACUGGCUUCCCACCCAUAUAAAUUUCAAAUCCUAUUGUUCCCCGUACGCGACGAAUCGAAGUAGACAAGUUUUUUUUUUUUAUAACUUUUUCCGGCUUCUUUUGCGAUUUACGGCAAAUUCGUCGACUUUCUUGCUAAACCCUAAGGGGAGAUCAGAUACAUACAUUCUUUAAUUUGGUUGUAUUCAGCUCUCGUUCCCAAAAUUUUAGAAUAGACUGGAGACAAUUAUUAGAAACUAAGGAGGCUGUUGCUCAGACAAAGUCGUUGAAGAAAGGCAAACUGAAAAUCAGCUUAGGGCUUAAGAUUCGGAACAUGGGCAAGAGGGAGAAGCAAGCGAACAAGUUUCACUGGGACGAGUUAAGUGAAGAAGAAGGAGAACUAGCUAAUAGAAAGGCUCUGAAAUCUGUCGUACACAUCAGUAGCGACGAUGAUGAGGCCAAUGAAGAUCUCAGCCUCAAAAUAGUUGAAAAAGCUCUACUGAUGCGUGCAGCCAAGCUGGCCUCAGAGAACGACACUGUUGUUUCCAAUCCAGCUGGUUUGAAUGGACUGCCUUUUUCGUCUUCUCCACGGGUUGCUGAAGUUGACGCCGCAGAUUUAGAGACUAAGAAAGUAAAGAAGGAUAGGGUGAGGAAGACAAAGAAGAGGAAGAUUGAAGACCCAGUUGUGAUUCCUGCUAAAGAAGAAGUGAAGGUAGACGCAGCUAGAGCUGUGGAUGAGCCAAUUGAACUGAACACUGUUCAGAUCACUGACAAUAUCGUGCUGCGGAAACUUCUUCGGGGACCAAGGUAUUUUGAUCCUCCAGAUAGGAGCUGGGGAACAUGCUUUAAUUGUGGUGAAGAAGGACAUGCAGCAGUGAACUGUACUGUAGCUAAGCGGAAGAAGCCAUGCUUUGUUUGUGGCAGUUUGGAGCACAAUGCAAAGCAAUGUGAAAAGGGACAAGAUUGCUUUAUCUGCAAAAAAGGUGGACAUCAUGCUAAAAAUUGUCCAGAGAAGUACAAUGUUGGCUCGUUGGAUUCCAAAAUAUGUUUAAAAUGUGGAGACUCUGGGCAUGAGAUGUAUUCAUGCAAGAAUGAUUACCCAUCUGAUGACCUCAUGGAAAUACAAUGUUAUGUCUGCAAGAGAUUUGGUCAUUUAUGUUGUGUCAAGUGUGUUGAUAACAGUCUAAAGGAAGUAUCUUGUUACAAAUGUGGUCAACUGGGACACACUGGUAUGGCAUGCAUAGGCUUACGUGGUGGGGAAACCACUGUUUCUGGAUCCCAUCGGUUAUGCUACAAGUGUGGUGAAGGUGGUCAUAUUGCUCGGGAAUGCAGAACUUCCAAUAAUGCUCGUAAGAGGUAUGGCGAGUUCUCUAACGUACAUACUCCUUUGAGACCUCAUAAAGAAAAGAAAGACUACAUGGGAUUUUAUUCUGCUCCUAAUGAUCUGAAUAAGAAUAAACAGAAACAUACCCACUAUGAUGAAAGAGGUUUUGCAACUCCACAAAAAGCAAAACAUAGAGGUGGAUGGAUAGUUGAUGAUCCAGAUGACUUCUCCCCUAGAAAAGGCAAGCAGAACGGCUGGAAAGCUCCUGCAACACCAUCUGGUAGGAGCCAUAGGAUUUCAAGUUCGCCUGCAGGCGGUCAUGCUUCGAGUUCUAGAUCCUCCAAAAAGUUGUGGAAGGUUCCUGGAGGAGCUCCUAUCUCUCAAGGAUCAUCCAAGUCUGUUCAGCACAGAUAUUCUGCACGGAGGUUUAGCAACUCUGGUACUGAUGGUGUUAGACGAAAUAACGAGUGGUGGUAGGCAAAGAUAAUAUUUAUACACAAGUCUGAAUAGGUUUUUUAUGGACAAGCUUUACAUGCACAACAGCACAAGUGUUGUUGCAUGUGCACAUGCUUACUGUCCUAGUGUUCUUAGUAUGCUUUGGUCUGAGUUUAGGAUCUUUUCAAUGUUUUCUUUUGUAUGCUUUAAAGUGUUGCACCACCUUUUGAUUCUUUAUACAUUCAUUUACAUGUUUUUCAUCCAUAGAUUCGCGAUUCUAUAAAGCAACUUUGUUUGAAAA